AUGUUUUUGGCCCAGAGGAGACUUUGCUCCCUUGAAAGUAGAGCAAAAUUCCUGAAGACAAUUUAUUCUUCAAAAAUCCUCGGGCUCCCUACUUCUGCUAAAAUGUCUUUGAAAAUCACCAAUGCAAAACGAAUUGAAGGCCUUGAUAGUAAUGUGUGGAUUGAAUUUACCAAGUUGGCCGCAGACCCCUCUGUUGUGAAUCUUGGCCAAGGCCUUCCAGAUAUAUCCCCUCCUGUAUAUGUAAAGGAAGAAUUAUCAAAGAUUGCAGCAAUCGAUAGCCUGAACCAGUAUACACGAGGCUUUGGUCAUCCAUCGCUUGUGAAAGCUCUAUCCUGCUUAUAUGAAAAAAUUUAUCAAAAGCAAAUCAAUCCAAAUAAAGAAAUCCUUGUGACAGUAGGAGCAUAUGGAUCUCUUUUUAAUACCAUUCAAGGAUUAAUUGAUGAGGGAGAUGAAGUCAUAGUAAUAGUACCUUUCUAUGACUGCUAUGAGCCCAUGGUGAGAAUGGCUGGAGCAACACCUGUUUUUAUUCCCUUAAGACCUAAACCUGUCGAUGGGAAAAAAUGGUCUAGUUCUGACUGGACAUUGGAUCCUCAAGAACUGGCAAGUAAGUUUAACUCCAAAACCAAAGCGAUUAUACUGAAUACUCCACAUAACCCCAUUGGCAAGGUAUAUACCAAAGAAGAACUCCAAGUAAUUGCUGACCUUUGCAUCAAAUAUGACACACUCUGCAUCAGUGAUGAGGUUUAUGAAUGGCUUGUAUAUACUGGAAAUAAACAUGUAAAAAUAGCUACUUUUCCAGGUAUGUGGGAGAGAACAAUAACGAUAGGAAGUGCCGGAAAGACUUUCAGUGUAACUGGCUGGAAGAGAUUAUCUUGGAUUAUUCAUGGGCCUAAUACAAUCAUAAGGAUCCUUUAAACUCAGCAAUAAAUAACAUUACUGUAUUUCCUUUCCACAUGUUUCAAUCUUAACAUGCAGGAAGCCUUGGCUCAAGCUUUUUGGAUUGACAUCAAGCGCAUGGAUGACCCAGAGUGUUACUUUAAUUCUUUGCCAAAAGAGUUAGAAGUAAAAAGAGAUCGGAUGAUACAUUUACUUGAAAGUCUUGGCCUAAAACCCAUAGUUCCUGAUGGGGGAUACUUCAUCAUAGCUGAUGUGUCUUUGCUAGAUGCAGACCUCUCUGAUAUGAAGGACAGCAAUGAACCUUAUGACUAUAAAUUUGUGAAAUGGAUGACUAAAAAUAAGAAACUGUCAGCCAUUCCAGUUUCUGCAUUCUGUAACACAGAGACCAAAUUACAGUUUGAGAAGUUUGUGCGAUUUUGCUUCAUUAAAAAAGACAGUACACUGGAUGCUGCUGAAGAAAUCAUUAAGGGAUGGAAUAGACAGAAGUCUUGAUACAUGCAGACUGUUUCUACUAGAUGACCGAAUAUGGAAUUAUUAUUUAGUGCUGCCAUCUGCUGGAUAUUGAAAAACAAAUAUUUCAGUACAAAUGAAAUUUGAAGAAAAUUUUCCAAAUGUUAACCCUA